AUGAAAGUGUCUAGUAUCAUCCUGCACGAAGACUUCAAUUUCCACAAUUAUGACUCGGCCAUUGCCCUGGUGAGGCUGACUGAGCCGGCAAUUUUAUCCGACCAAGUGCAGAUAGUAUGUCUCCUAACUGGAUUUGAUCUGUCGCAACAAAACCUCGAAAAUGGAAAGCGAGGAUGGGUGGCUGGUUGGGGUUUUAAUGAAUCUGAUAUCCUCAGUGAGGAGUUGACGGAAGCGGAGAUCCCAGUUUUAUCCAAUCGCAAAUGCAUUCGGGACACCAUUCAUUUUACAGGCGACCCAAGCAUGGCCAGAGCCCUCACGUCGAACAUGUUUUGUGCAGGGUACGACAAGGAAACUUCUCUUGAAGCACCCUCGAUCAUUCUCGAUCAUUGA